AUGAGCGACUCAGCUGCUAACUUUGGUCAUCAAUUACCGGACCAACUGCCGACCAUCGCUGCAGCUCUCUCGGCGCAGCUGGCUUUGGAGAACGAUGUAGCCUCUUUUCUAGCGGAGCGCGCCGCUCUCGAACGCGAAUAUGCCGCCAAACUUCAAUCACUCAUCCGCAAGUAUCGCGACAAGAAAGCCAAGAAGGACCAGGACAUCUCGGUCGGUCCUACACCAACCAUCGAAUGGAAGCAUACCCAAUCCACUCUAGGAACUCACAUCACAAAUAUUUACUCAGUCAACGAUGCUACUGCCGCCGACCACAGCAACCUCGCUUCCGUACUCGAUCAACUCUCGAACAAGAUGAACACGAGCACCAAGUCGCGCGAGGAGCUUCGCCGCAAACACACCGUCUAUGCCAGCAAGCUCCUCUCGGACCGCGAAAGAAUGUAUUCGGACAAGGACAAGGCAAAGUCGAAGUACGAUGAGCUCUGUCGAGAGCUUGACUCACAAAGACAGAAACGUGAAAAGGCAGCUGCAGGAGACCGACAUGCGGAUCGUGCUGCCAAGGCCUUCCAAUCUGCCGAGAUGGACAUGUGGAAUGGCAAGAACAGCUAUCUCAUUCAGAUUGCCGUCUCCAACCGUGCUAAAGAGCGUUUCUACCGCACCGAUUUACCUGCUGUACAGAACAGCUUGCAAUCUCUAUGGGUGCUGUCAACUCGUCAUUUCGUCGCGUGUACCUCUCAAGCGCAGGCCGCUGUAGCUGCCCACCACGAAUCGGUAGCCAAGAAGCAUCGUGACUUGGAAGCGAAAGCAGCACAUGUCGACCCUACACAAGAUCAGAUGCUCUUCGUCGAGCACAACCAACAACGAUGGCAAGAACCCAGUGGAUGGUCAUUCGAGCCGUGCGUCGGGUUCUUUGAUACAUCUGAAAUGUCGACAGAACCUUCUGCUGUCACAUUCUUGCAGAAUCGACUGAUGCGUUGCAGGAGCCGCAUCGCCGAACUCGAGCCUCUGCUUAUAGCAAAGGCAAAGGAGGUCGACGGGCUCCACAACCUGUGCGAUGCCUACCAGAAGCAACCAGACCUUGGCAAUCCAGAUGAGGUGAUGGACAAUCUCUUUGAAGCCACACGCACACUUUACGGAUUUGAAAUCGAGCUGCACGAUUUGGAGGCCGAAGUGGACACUAUUAUCGCCAACAUCGGCGAAAAUCAAGGGCAAGCACGGCCGCAUCGCUUCAAGCCAGCUUCAUUCGGCAUUCCCACCACGUGCCACUUUUGCCGAGACAAGAUUUGGGGACUUUCCAAACAGGGCUCGGUAUGUAAGCCAUGCGGCUACACAGUGCAUCAAAAGUGCGAGAUGAAGGUGCCAGCAGAGUGCAAAGCGGCUCCAGGUGGCGGAGUGGCGGCAGGCACCGACUCUCCACGUGCUUCUGUUUCGUUGAGCAGAUCGAAUCGCUCUAGUGCCAUAUUCGAUGGAAAGCUGGACAGGAGCGCCAGCACGGAAGGAGCAUCAGCCUCAUCAAAGCUUUCUUCGGCUCUGACAGGAUCGGACAGCAGCACACAAAGUCCCGUCGGCAAAGUCAUAUACGAUUUCGAGGCGUCUAGUCCAUUCGAACUGAGCGUAAUCGAGGGCGAGCAGGUCGAAUUGCUCGAGGACGACGUCGAAGGCACGGGCUGGAUCCAGGUUCGUGCAGGCGCAGGCAGAGAAGGUCUUGUGCCUACAUCAUAUUGCGAGUUUGAAAAUGCCGCCACUGGGGCAAUGGCGGCAUUGCAGGACGUUGGAUACAAAGGCGGCCAGGGAUCAACAGUGGCAGCUCAAGGAUGUGGUCGAUUCGUCAAGGCGCUGUACGAAUAUGCGGCACAAGGGGACGACGAGCACUCACUCGCGACCAACGAGCAACUCGAGCUAUCUGCCGUCGGGAUGAGCUAUGCAGAUGGAUGGUGUCAAGUCGUCAAAGAUGGCCGCACGGGGAUCGUGCCGUCCAACUACGUAGAGCAGGUCUAG